AUGAAAUAAGUACUUUUGAUUCUCUGUCUCAUUUCAAUUAUUAUUGUGUUCACAAAAGCAGCUCCUUAAACAAAUUUUAAGGACCUAAAGAAAAUGAGUGAUUAAAUAGCAGCAAAGAAUAAAAACUCUAAAUCUUCAUAAACAAAUACUAAACCUAUUUAAAGCAAAACGUAAAAAAAGGAAAAAUCAACUUUUAAAAAUUUAAAGGAAACCCAAUUAUAGAUCAUGAAUGUUUUGAAACCGCUGUUUGGAUUAAGAACAAAAGAUUAAAAUCGAGAUGAGAAUGGGAAAGUAACCAAUCCUAAUACUACAGAAGAUAAUAAACCAUAAAACAAAACUAAUAAAAAAACAAGCAAAAAUAAAGGGAAUGACCGAUUCAUUUUUUAAUGGGAUCAAAAGAUGGGUGAUUUUGAACCAGAAUUUAUAUUAAGUUUUGAUUUAGAUCCUGGAAGUAUAGAAGUGUUUUAUGAAGAAAUCUUAAAACCUACAUCUAUCAAAGGAGCCUUUUUUAUACCCUAAUUUAAGGUCGAAGAUAAAAUCGAUUUCUUUAUAAAGACUUCAAACAAUACCUUGAUUUAUUCUAAGGAGAAAGUUAAUGAAGCAAUAUUCAAUAUUGAUAUUUUAGAAAAAGGAGAAUACAAAUUUAUUUUCUAAAAUAAAAGAUCAAAAUACAGCAAAACUGUUACGUUUACUUUAGAUGUGCAUGAUUCAGAAUAAGAAUUUUUGAAGAUGGCAGAUUUAGAUCCUUUGGCCCUUAGAGUGGAAAGAAUACUAAUGGCUAUGAAAGAUAAUUAUUUUUUUGAUAAAAUAGCAGGAUAACAAUUCGAGGGUAAUUUAGAGGAGAUCCAAAAUUCGAAUUCUAAAUUGUUACUAUUUAGUUUGAUCGAAAUUUUGGGAGUGAUCUUUAUUACUAUUUGGCAAGUGUUUUACUUGAAAAGAAUAGUUGGCAAUCAAAGAAUAUUUUGAGCUUAUUACCAUAGAAUUAUGUUUAUAAAUUUAGCUAUUAGAUA